AUGCAGCCACUGCCCAGGGUUGCGCCUUGCCGUGUCAUGAUUAGUUUUGGGCCGACAGAGUAUCGGAAGGACACUUUGCUCUUUUCACGUCGUUCGGCGGAUGCGAAUCGAGAGCAAUGUGUAAUGAUUCACACAGAGUUUCUCAAACUCAUGAGACUACAGCAUGACUGCUGCGAUUCUACCGGGGAAGCUGGGGCUUGA